AGCUCCGUGCAGCCAUGGCCUUGACAAGCGACAAGCUACCUCGUUUCAUUGCUGCCAUGCAGCGAGUCUACGCUUUUCCAACAGAGUCGACGAGUAGUUCCUGGGCUCCUCCGCCGGCAUCGGCUGGACAUCGUGGACGAUAUCUAUGGACGGACGCCUUCGGAGUUCUGAAUUUCUUAACGCUACAUCGAGUGACUGCUCAGCCACUCUAUCUAAAUCAUGCCAAGUCCCUUGUGACUGCGGUUCAUUCGACACUGGGAAGGACACGCGAUCUAUCUUCCUACCUUCCGGGGGCAUCGGCGUCCAAUCCCCUAGCUGGCGGUCUUCGAAUCGGCAAGGAAAAUGCCACAGGUCCCGACGGAGACGGCCAGUAUCAUCACUAUUUGACGCUCUGGAUGUUCGCGCUCAACCGGCUCUCUGUCACAAGCGGGGAGAAGCAGUACAAUGACCAGGCGAUCUCCCUUGCGAAGGCUAUCCAUCCACACUUCAUGUACAACCGGAGUAGCAGUCGACCGCGCAUGUAUUGGAAGAUGUCGAUGGAUCUCAAAGAGCCCCUGGUCAGAAGUGAAGGUAACCUGGAUCCUGUUGAUGGAUACGUAAUUUUCAGGCUGUUGCAAAAAACAGAUGGCGAGGAUAGCUCAGUGUUGGCUGAAGAGAUCCAGCAGUACAAGCGCAUCGUUGAUACGAAAUGGAAGAACUACACCAGCUCCGAUGCCCUCGACCUUGGAAUGACGCUCUGGACAGCCCACUGGGAGGACGAGGUCUGGGCCCAAGGACUGGUGGAUCGCGCUGAGAGGGACAUUGAGGACUUCUGGGAAUCGGCGCAUUUCCGAAGGUCGACCAGUCAACGUCUUGCUUUCCGGGACUUCGGCCUGGCUUUGGGCAUCAAAUGCGGAUUGUCGACGCGGGACCAGAAGAAGUGGACCGAACGAGCGGAUAGCGUGCUGAAGGCUUGGGAGGAGUCGGGCCUGGUGCCGGAAUCUAGAGCAGACCAUACGGCCGGCAUUAAUGCGGAGGAGGACCUGCGCCCCAUUUCCAUGGUUAUGUAUGCUGCAGCUCUUAUUCCUGGAGGUGACAUUCGAACGUCGGCGUGGAGGGUAGAGGACGACUGGCUAUGUGGAAGUGUCAAGCGCGGGCUAUGGGCCAAGUUUCACGCUUUCUGCUGACCGGUGGUGGUGUCCUUAACGCCUUGAAGGCGACUAUGCAUGAGGGAAGACAUGAUGCUGCAGCUCAGAGUCCUUCAUACGAAAGUAGCUGCGGCGGAUGAUUUAGCCAACCGAAACAUUCGGUAAGGCAACCGACAGGACUACAAGUCUUGCGUCGUAUCGAUCUUUGCUGUUUCCGUGCCGCAUCUCUCCAUUGCUGGUGUCGUGACUGAUGGGUGUAGAAGAGGACAAGCUGCCCCGCGCACACGGUAUCCGGGCAGUGAUAUCCUGGCCAUUGAGCGGUCUGCCCCAACGCGGCGUGUUUCGCCUCUCGGUCGAGGCAGCCGCGAGAGGAAGCCAUGUGUGUUGGAGUGGAGAACGGUUUAUGCGUGCGGCCUGC